AUGGCGAAGAUCCCGCUCCCAUAUGUCGCAUUCUUCCUAUGGAUCGAACCUGUCGCAACACUGGCUGGAGCAUUCUUCGCAUGGAUUAAGCCCAAAGCAUAUCUAGAAUUGACACAUGCGGCGUCGGCUCCGGGAUUUCUGGGGCUGCCAGUCUCUACGGAGGUCGCACUGCGACAGCUAGGAAAUCUAUAUGUGGCCUUCGCGAUUAACGAAGCAUUCGUAUUGAGGGCAACAAACGACCUCAAAGUCUGGCGCACCCUGUUGAUUGGCCUUCUGAUAGCCGACUUCGGACACUUAUACAGCUGUUUCCCACUCGGACUGCGAUCUUACUACGAUAUAAACAGUUGGAAUGCGAUGAACUAUGGCAAUUACUUGUUUGUAUACUGCGGCGCCGCGACCAGGAUCUGCUUCUUGCUGGGGAUCGGAAUGGGAGGUCCGGAGAAGGCAAAAGCAAAGGCUAAGAAACAGGUUAGACUGAUAACCAAAGAUGAGCCAACACCAAUGACGCCGACGCAAAUGAGCAAGACACCCGCAGAAAGCACGAGAAAAAAGAAGAAGAACAAGUCCAACUGA